AUGAUGAACAACAUGGGAGGAGACGACGACGUAGAUUUGCCAGAAGUAGAUGGGGCAGAUGAUGACUCACCAGACAGUGAUGAUGAAAAAAUGCCAGAUCUGGAGUAAGGCAAAGCGUCGUCUUCAGGGUUUUGGGGAAAGAAGUUCAUCACAACAUUUCAUAAUUGAGAUAAGAAUUCCUGAGUUGAUGAGCCCUAAAGGGAGAUCCUGCAUCCUUUAACCCAUUUUCAGUCCAUUUUAAAUGGCUUUCACUGAUGGUAGGUUUGUCCCAUGGCACGGGGCGGUCUCAAAGCCACGAGAGGCAAUAACAGUUAUGCAUGAAAAGUUUUCCAAACUUCCAAAAAAAAAGAUUAAAAAACCAUCAAACCAACCCAAUUGAGGUGUAGGUAAUCCAUUGAGAAGAGUUGCAAUAAAGUUUACAGAGCCUCCAAUUACAAUAGGAGAACUUUGAAUUAACACUGAGAGGUUUAAAUGAGUUUUUUUCCCUUUUUUUGUCCAUUUAUCCUGGGAACAAAACCACAAAAUUUAAAAAUUCUUUUAUCAUUGGCUCCCCCAAAAAAACAAAAAAUAAAAUCCAGCAGGGCGAGGCACAUCCCCUUCUGUUCCUAUUAACAACAAAAAGUUCAUUUUAAAAACAAAAAACUUCCAAAAUUUUCUUGGUUUUUGGUGUUGGAACCCCUUGAUCCCGUGGUGUGACCCCCCCAAACCUUUCUCCACCUCUUCCUCCUCCUCCUCCUCGCCCGGGGUGCGAGUUGGCUGUACAUUGUUGCUUGUCAAUCUGUACAUUUUAGACCAAAAUCGUAUUUGCACUGUGGGUUUGGCAGCAAGUGACAGGACCGUGGAACCGGGCUGAAAAACCUCAAUUUCUGUUCAGAGCAGCUGGGAUUUUUUUAAUGUCUGCAUUCUUUCUAAUAAACUGUUGAAGACUCCCUGGC